GUGAUGUCAGAUCCCCUGGAACUGGAGUUACUGACAGUUGUGUGUUGCCAUGUGGGUGCUGGGAAUUGAACCUGGGUCCUCUGGAGGAACAGCCCAGUGCUCUUAUCUGACUCAUCUCUCCAGCUGGGUGGAUUAAGAGACAGGGAGGAACUUCUUACUAGACAGAGUUGGGGCUCCUCUGUGUACAUCUCAGUGAGAGUAAGCAGGUGGGUGAUGAGAGGGGCUCACAAUUCCUCUAGGUCCCUAGUGGUAGGUACUCAACCCUUUACUACUGCUCUCAUCUUCCAUUGUCUCUGAAAUAGCCUGUAUGUAAGAACCAGUUGCUUAAGGAGAUGUCAAGGUUUGGCCAAGGAAGGAGGUAGGUUUCAUGGCCUAGUUACAUGGGUCUCAACCUUAGCUGCUCAGGAGCCUGAGGCAGGAAUAUCCCAAGUUUAAAGCCAGCCUUUGCAAGUUAGCUAGCAAAACCCUGUCUCAACCCUCUGCCCCCCCCCCAAAAAAAAAAACCUAACUUAAAAGGACCCAGGUGUGAAAUACUUGAUUCAGAUGAUAGCAAUGUAUAGCCCCACAGGCAAAUUCAAAAAUCAAGCUGUUAGACACACCCUGGGAGUUACAGCAGGGUGGGGGAAGAGGCAGAGGGGGCAGGUGAGGUUGAGGCGGUACUUUAGGAGGAGCUGCCUACCUCCAUUGUUCCCUUGGCUGAGGGAGAAAAGGAGCCCCAGGUGGCAGUUCCAGCCCCUUAGAGUUCUGUUUCAGUACAAAGGGCUUCAUUUUUUCCUCCUACCUGCCCUGGCUUACCCCUCCCCCUAGCACAGUCCUGCUGUGAUGAAUUCUCUUAGAUUUUGUGCUUGAAGAAUAACCAGGAAACUGAAAGGUUUCCAGGUGUGUAUGCUCUGCAGGGACAGUUUAGGGCAGUGUUGGGAAAUUCCACUUCACUUUUUCCGGCUGCUCAGAGCCCCUACAAGCACCCUGCAGGAGGCCACAACCAUGGCGGGUCCUAGACACCCAGUAUCAGCGCAUGCUGUAGCCCUGGUGCAGAUGGAGCGACUUCAGACAUUUGCCUUCUCUGUGCACUGGUCAGACAACAGUGACUCGUCUGUUCGCCGGAGCUGGGAUGAGUUUAGGAAGCUCCAGGGACUGACACCCAUUUCUUCCCCUCAGAAGAUCCUUAAGAAAACCUUCCCAGUGGAGGCGGGCCUGCUCCGGAGAUCUGAAAGAGUUCUUCCCAAGCUUCCUGAUGUUCCACUGCUGACACGUCGGGGGCAUACUGGCCGAGGUCUGGUACGUUUGCGACUGCUGGACACCUAUGUACAGGCACUGCUGGCAACCUCAGAGCAUGUAUUGAGGAGCUCAGCACUCAAUGACUUCUUUGCACCAAAACCUCUGGAUCUGAAGCCCAUGCUGCCUCCUGGCAGCCUGGUGAUCUUGCCCACACAAGAGGAGCCCUUAUCCCAACCUGGAAGCAGCCUUGCCAUUCAUAACCUGGAGGCUCAGAGCAUGCGCUGUCUACAGCCUUUCUACACCCAUGACACAAGGGACAGGCCUUUCCACACACAGGCUCAAGAAAUUCUGGACGUAUUACUACGACAUCCUUCAGGCUGGUGGCUGGUGGAGAACAAGGAUCAGCAGACAGCCUGGUUUCCAGCUCCCUACCUGGAGGAAGUAGCCCAAGGCCAGGGCCAGGAGUCAGACCUGGCUUUGCAAGGCUGUGGGACGCAGUUCUGUGCUACCCAGGCCUAUGAGGGCAGUCGCACUGAUGAGCUAUCAGUGCCUGCAGGGGCACGUGUGUAUGUGCUGGAAACCUCAGACCGCGGCUGGUGGCUGUGCAGGUACAACGGACGGGUAGGCCUGUUUCCUGCAGUGCUGCUGCAACCUGAAGGGCUGGGCUCCCUCCUGGGCAGGCCAGGGCUCCCAGAUAGUGGGAAGGAAGACAAGGUGACCAAGGACAGGAUUGUUCCCCCUGUAGUACCAAGUCGCCCCUGUAUGAGUGCCAUCCAGAGCCGAUGCUGCUCCAUCACCUGCAGGGCACUGGGACAGGACCAAAGGACCCAGGGUCCCUUUUGAGGAUUUGUGUAGCCCCGCAGAGAGGUUAUACUGUCAACCCCAACCAGAGGCAAAGCAGGGAUCCAGACCUGUCAAUCAAACAGGAUAGGGUGGGGCUCAAUGGCUGGCAGGGCCAAAGAGCAACAACUUCCCUUUCCUCUAAAUAAAACUGGAAUGACUUCA